AUGCAAGUGACCUUUAUAUCGUUUCUGGCGGCGGCAGAGUCCCUCGCCUUCAUUUAUGCCGUUUGCUCAGCCACUGUGUUUCCGCUUCCGUUUGGCGUACUUUGCGUCGCCCCACCUGACCUUUUGGUCAUGACAAUCAACCAGCAAAUAGCAGUGAUGAACUGCCAGAUCGCGCUGACGGUCAUCCACCCGGUCUACAUUUAUGGGUUCGUCUCACUUACUGGCGUGAGCCAAGUGCUAUUCCUACUCGUGCUGCCAAUUAUCAAGCUCAUUGACAAGAGCGGGGUCAAUCGUGCCCUUGCAGAUUACUACGACUUGAAGCCCCAGUCGGUCAUUUUUACCGUGGAAGUUUUCAACGCGCUUUACGUAUCGAGCGCUCUUCAGAGCGCUUCAUCGUGGGCGUUGACAGUUACGAUCAUGGUAAUCGAUAUCGUGCGCUUCUUGUUCUCAAUGCGCGAUAUUUUGGCGGUCCGAAAGGAAGUGAAGGUGCUCAUGGCUAAAAUUCCACAAGAUCACCCGCUUGCCAAACAGAAUUUUCUACAAACCAUCAAUCGACUUUUUGAGACUCGGAAAAUUAUCCCAAUGGAGACCCUGGAUGACGUUGUCCCGCAGCUUCAGACUCUCGCAGCGAGAAGUGGACCUUCUGAAGCGGAUAAUGCAGUUAUCAGCUCGAUUUUCUCGAAAGACGAACGAGCCUUGUUCAUCAAAAAGAGUACUCAAGUACUCUUCAUUACGGAGUACGUUAUCCUGGUGGAGUAUGUUGAGGUGGUCCUUCCCGUCAUCUACGUCGCUUAUCGCAGUGUUCUCUUCUACAUGCCCAACCGUGCCUUCCACGCAUCGAUGACUGAGCUUACUAUUGGGCAGCUGCUGUCGUCCGCUCUGAAUGUGCUGGCCUACUGCUCACUGGAAUUUUGUUCACUGAUUACCUCGGCGAUCGUAUUGAGACGCACUCUGGGCAUUUCACCGUGGCGACAACUUGGUUUUGAACUUGAGACGCAUACGGGAAUGAUUCAGUCCAUGCUGAUCGAAAUUCUGAUCUACACUCAAAUUUCGCUGGCACACCUCGCUUCAAAUUUUCCUAAUUGA